AAAAAUUAUUUUUAAUUGUGUUUAUUCCUUUUUAUUUAUCUCGCACACAGUCCUCCAUCAUGGUGAAAGAUACACUGAAUAAACUGUCCCAGCUGAAACAAUCAGGCUUCGGUCAGCCGUGCCCACCGAGACAUGGCCUGAAUCUGUUGUACUGGUUUGCUCAUGACUACAUAGACUUCAGCUAUGGCAUUAUUGUCUCCAAAUAUAGACCUCAAAAUGGAGACUUUGGCUUCCACAAGUUUGAAAACAGAAUUGAAGAUGAGGAGGAUGAUCCUCUCUUCCCCAGGCAGAAUCUCCCAUACUAUGAAGUGGGCAACCUGAAUUAUUCAGGAGCAGACAAGCUCCCAGAUUAUAUCAGUGCAAAUUACAGGCACAAUAUUCCUGACAGUAACAAGGAUCGGGUUAUUGUGCGUCUGGACGCCAAUGGCAGCUUCAACAGGGUGUAUGUGACUCAACACAGCGACCUGAAACGAUUCGACAACAGAAAAACCUUCCGUGUGAGUCUGGGCCUCCUCCAGAACAUCAAGAACAAGAGUCGAGAUCAGUAUCUCUCCCAGCUCUCCCGCACUCCUGAUGAACAGGGCGGAUUUAGGCAUACACCUGGAGAACAGGGCGGAUUUAGGACUACACCACAGAGGCAUAACACGCCGGCUAAGAAUGACUCCUGGUGUACCAUUCUUUAA